GAGGAGACAGUUCAGAGCAGAGAGACAACAGAAGGAAGGAAGCAGCGGGAAACGAUUGGGUGGGACCUUCCUCAAGCUUCGUUCUUAACUCCAUGGAGCUUCGCAUACUCCAUCACCGACCUCUCACUCUCUCAGGAAGGAUGCUCUUCAUGGCACAGCAUCAGCCAUUUAAGAGAUAUCAUUGUCUUAAACCUCCAUCGAAUAUCAAAAUCCUGGGACAUAGAUGCUUAUGGAAGCAAUCAAGGGGAGGAAGGAGAUAUGUUUCGCAACCUAGUGGUAUUCGGAUUCAAUGUGCAGAUGGAGCAAAUGAAGAUUCACACAAAGCAUCAAACAAGGAGCUGAUGGAUGCCCGUGUGAUUUACAGUGUGGCCACUGCUAUGGGCCAUAACCAGGAGUCUCAUCCAGAAUCCCAUCUUAGAGUUCCUGCCAUCGUUGACGCCCUCGAGAAAAUGGAGCUCACUUCAAAGUUUCGUGGAUCCGAAAUUCUUGAACUUCAGAAUGCUAAGCCUGCUUCACUGGAUGAUAUCAUAAGUGUGCAUGCCAAAGCUUAUGUCACAGGAUUGGAGAAGGCCAUGGAAAAAGCUUCCGAAAAAGGAAUCAUAUAUAUUGAAGGUUCUGGACCAACAUAUGCUACCCAUACUACAUUCCAGGAGUCCCUGGCCGCUGCUGGAACUGGAAUUGCCUUGGUUGAUUCAGUGGUGAAUGCAUCUAAAAUCUCCAAAGAUCCACCUACUGGUUUCGCUUUGAUAAGACCUCCAGGUCACCAUGCAAUCCCUAAGGGGCCGAUGGGGUUUUGUGUCUUUGGUAACGUGGCAAUAGCAGCUCGUUAUGCGCAGCGUGUACAUGGUCUUAAGCGUGUGUUCAUCAUCGAUUUCGAUGUUCACCACGGGAAUGGAACAAAUGAUGCAUUUUAUGACGAUCCCGAUAUUUUUUUCCUCUCGACUCACCAGGAUGGGAGCUACCCAGGAACUGGCAAGAUCCAUGAAAUCGGUACUGGGAAUGGCGAAGGCAGUACCCUCAAUCUGCCACUGCCCGGAGGCUCAGGGGAUUUGUCCACGAGAACUGUGUUCGAUGAGGUUAUCGUGCCAUGCGCUCAGAGAUUCAAGCCUGAAAUAAUUCUUGUCUCUGCUGGGUAUGAUGGCCAUGUCUUGGACCCGCUAGCGAAUCUGCAAUUCACAACGGGAACAUACUAUGCGCUUGCUUCCAACAUCCGGCAGCUUGCUAAGGAGCUCUGUGGGGGGCGCUGCGUGUUCUUCCUAGAAGGAGGGUACAACCUCAAGUCACUCUCCUACUCAGUUGCUGACUCGUUCCGUGCUUUUCUCGGUGAACCCAGUGUAGCCUCGGAGUUCGAUAAUCCUUCAAUCUUGUAUGAGGAGCCUUUGGCUAAGGUGAAGCAAGCGAUCGACACCGUGAAGAGCAUACAUUCCAUGUAAAGACGCGCCUAAUCUCAACACUAUGGCAGUGCUUGGGGACCUGGAAGCUUUCCCUGCGUCUUCUUGGCCAAAUGCCACCUAUGUAUCGAAGAUGUAAAUUGUUCUUCAGCUGGCAUUUCAUACUUGCGAUAGAAAGUGUAUAGGAGGGCAUCGAAUGGCAAUACAUCUCAUAUCAGAGUCCGGAAAUAGUUUCUUAUGUGUUAUUCUUGUCUGAUAUAUAUCUUCAUGGAAUCAACCAUUACUGCA